CAAACAAAGCGCGAUAAAACUUCGGUUAAGCACGGCGUUUGGAGGAUUUCGCAUACCUGCGAAGCGCUUGCGCUUUGCGGUCAGGCUCCGGCCAGUUGUCUUGUAUUCCAGUCCGACACCUGGCAGCCACCGGAGGCGAAGGGGCUGCCGGGUGGUUGAGUCGGGGGUUAGGUCUCGUGCCAUGGAUGAGGAGGUAAUGGCGCUUGAUCUUGAAUGCCAGCGGCAAGAGGAGACGUCAACGGCAAACUCCCCCCUGGUGGCCGGGCACUGCUAAAGCGGGCGGUGAAACGUCACUGGGGGUGUAGGAGUGGUUCUUACCACUACUACAGAAUCAUUUACCACUGAGCAUUACACUACAGUAUGUGAGAGGCUUUACCGCUCACCUUGAGAAGCGCGCGCGUCAUUCAAUUUCCA